UACUACACACCGAUUCGUAUUCUUCUUGGAAUGUCCUAUUCACUGGAGAAAAUGGUACUGGUGUUGGUAUAAAACGAGAAUUAUAUUCAGAAGUCGGGAAGGAAUUACAGAAAGAGAAACAUGAAAUAUGGACGACAUCGAGUGUGACUAAGACUGGAUAUAUUCACUCCAGAGAACUAUAUCCAGAUUUCUAUAUGGGUUACAACGAAGGGGAAGGAGUUGGUUUCGAAAAUGCGUCGGUAGAGGAAAAAUUCUAUAUAAUUGGUCAAAUAAUGGCUAAGGCAUUAAUGGAAGGGCGUUUAUUAAACUUACCCUUAUCACUGCCAGUGUUCAAAUGGCUUUUGAAAGAAGAGUCGCAAUUAACUAUAUACGAUUUGAAACACGUCAAUGAAGAACUUUCAAAAACACUCAUAACUAUCAAAAAAUUGAUUGAUGAAGAGAAGAGGAUUUCAGCGGAUCACACACUAACUCCAGAAACCAAAUACAAAUUAUUGAAAAAGUUGAGUGAUGAAUGGGAAACUGUGGAAUCUUAUUAUUUAGUCUUUGUGUUACCAAAUCAUGGAGUGGAUUUAGUUCAUGGCGGAAAAGAUAUUCUAGUGACCAGAUAUAAUGCCGCCAAAUAUGUCGAGGGAAUCGAAACAUUCCUUCUGCAUCUCGGUGUGAAAACCGGGAUGGUGGCAUUAAGGACCGGCUUCAAUAAGCUGGUGAAACUGGAUUCCAUACAAAUAUUCGAGCCGUCUGAAUUACAGUCCCUCAUUUGUGGUGAGGAAAAAGAUGAGUACUGGACACUGUCCCAUUUACAAGAACACGUAUAUCUAAUAGAUUUCACCAUAAACAGUUCUGAAAUAAAGCACUUGUUCCAUGUCCUCUCUACACUGGAUAAGGAAAAAAGGCAAAAAUUCCUGCAGUUCGUUACAGGAUGUCCUCGUUUACCAGCUGAUGGUUUCGCAGGCCUUACCCCAGCUUUUAAUGUGAAGCGUACAAACACUUAUCCUUUCGCUCAAACCUGUUUUCAUACCCUUCAUUUAACCAGUGGAAUAAGCUUGGAGCAGUUGGAGGUAUUUGUUGAUGUUGCUAUUACUCACGGAGUAGGUUACUUUGGUUUUGUAUGAGCGAGCCAAGUAACAGAUAUGGCUUGAAUAUUAUCAUUAUUCCUUCGAUAUGGAAAAUGAAAAUGAUGAUCAAAUAUUGCCGAAGCUUCAGAUGAAAAGCGGCGAAAGAAUACAAGGAAAUACUGGAUGUUGAAACGAACAUCCAAUUUGCUGUGAUGGUUACUACUCAUCAGAUAAAGGACAAUAUGAUGAUGAAGUGGUGGCUAACAGUGAAAACCAUUCGUCCCAACAUGAGACAUGUGAAAUGAAUCUUCUACUAUAAAAAGUUGAUACGCUUCAAAUUCAAUGAUGGUUUCAAGCGGGAUCUUAGACAAUGAAGAUGGAAGUAACUUGA